CAAUUUCAAAUUAAUUUCCCCAGUUCUUUUGGAUUUGAAAUUGCAAAAUUGCAGGUAUAUAAGGGAUCGAUCUCCCUCCUGCUUUGUGGCUAAACACAGGAGCUAAUUCUCUUGAUGAUUCUUAAACUUGUAUUUUGUUGAGUUUUGCUGCAAAUAUGGGUGACAAAAGCUUCCACAUAUUCAUGUACCCAUGGUUUGCCAUGGGCCACCUAACCUCAUUCCUACACAUCUCCAACAAGCUUGCUGAGAGAGGCCACAGAAUCUCUUUCUUCUUGCCAACCAAAACUCAACCAAAGCUAGAGCCUUUCAAUCUCCACAAAGACCUCAUUUCUUUCAUCCCAAUCACCCUUCCACAUGUAGCUGGCUUCCCCCCCGGAGCUGAAACAACCGCAGAUGUUCCCUUCCCAUUGCAUUCCCUCCUCAUGACUGCCAUGGACCUCACUCAACCCACAAUUGAAGCUUCUAUGAUUUCACUCAAACCGGAUUUCGUAUUCUAUGAUUUCACUCACUGGUUACCAGCAUUGGCACGCCGGCUAGGCAUCAAGCCCAUAAAUUACUGCACAAUUAGUCCGGCAGCUUUCGGGUAUCUGCUAAGCCCAGAAAGAAAACUCAAUGAGAAAAUAUUUGAUCUUAAGGCACCUCCCCCAAGUUUCCCACCUUCGUUGAUCAAGCUACGUGCCCAUGAAACCCAAAAACUAAAUUCUGCAACAGUGAAAGAAUAUGGUCGAGGCAUAUCAUUCAUGGAACGUCAAAUGAUCUCCGUAAGAGAUUCUGACGCGAUUAGUUUCAAAGCUUGUAGGGAGAUGGAAGGGCCUUACUGUGACUAUGUUGAAGGACAAUUUGGAAAGCCUGUGAUUCUUGCAGGGCCAGUAGUGCCAGAACUGCCAACUUCAGCAUUAGAUAAGAAAUGGGCAAAGUGGCUGGACGUCAAGGAGAAAACUGUGAUAUUCUGUGCAUUUGGAAGCGAAUGCAUUUUAAACAAGGACCAGUUUCAAGAACUGGUUUUGGGUUUUGAGCUAACAGGUAUGCCCUUUUUCGCUGCUCUGAAACCGCCAAUGGGUGUAGAGACAAUUGAAUCUGCGUUGCCAGAAGGGUUUGAAGAGAGGGUAAAGGGAAGAGGGAUUGUUCAUGGGGGUUGGGUUCAGCAGCAGUUGAUUCUGAGGCACCCUUCUGUGGGGUGCUUCGUGACACAUUGCGGCGCAGGUUCUUUGUCUGAAGCGAUGGUGAACGAGUGCCAAUUGGUGCUGCUGCCACACGCUGGGGAUCAAAUUAUCAAUUCGAGAAUGAUGGGUGGAGAUCUAAAAGUAGGGGUUGAGGUUGAGAAAGGUGAAGAAGACGGGCUGUUUACAAGGGAGGGCGUGUGCGAGGCAGUGAGGGCUGUAAUGGAUGAUAAUAGUAAUGUGGGGAAAGAGGUGAGAGCCAACCAUGCGAAAUGGAGAGAGUUCUUGCAGCGCAAAGGGCUUGAGAACUCCUACAUUGAUAGUUUUGUUCAAAAGCUCCAUUCUCUACUCAUCUAAUUUCAUCUUAAUUGGUAUAAGUAACAUAUUUGUAAUGUUACUGCUCAUGUUUGAAGUUUUUGAAGUUUAGUUUCGUUUAAAUAAAUAGGAAAACUCCACUUAUUAUUUUGUUAUUA